CAAACCCAAAAUCAGUCUUCAUACAUCAAACCCAAAACGAUGACGUUGCUCUUUAAACAAUUGCCCCUGAAUCCCCACUUCAUCUAUACUUUAAACCCUAAUCUCAGCCGUUCAAUCAUUCACCACACUCGCAUUCCAACCUUGGUCCAAUGCAAUCAUACCCCAUUUCACAAGACCGAACCCUCUCCCAUCUUCACCUCUGUCAAAACCUUUGCCCCUGUCACAUUUGACGAUCUUGGCACCUGUUUUGAUUUUCUCAGCGUGGCAAUCGACGGCAUUGGCAAUACCAUCACCCUCAGCCUCGAUCCAACCGUACAUCCCGGCUCUAUCUCCAUCUCAUCCAUCCAAAGCUCGGAUCCCACGAACUCCAAGAAUCUCAUCUCCGAUCCUCUUCUGAACUAUGCUGGAAUAGCUACAAUUGCCACCAUGCGCAAGAUCGGCGUUGGCUCGGUGGGACUUUCAAUAUCUGUCGAGAAGGGUCUACCGUUCAACGACAGCAGACUUGGGUCGAGUAUUGCCAGUGCAGCUGCUGCUGCGGUAGUAGCUGUUAAUGAAUUAUUCGGUAGGCCACUUCCCGUUAGCAAUCUUAUCCCUGCUGGACUCGGAUCAGAUGCGAAGAGCAGCGGGUGCCAUGUUAACAAUAUUGCCGCAGCAAUCAUGGGUGGUUUCGUACUGUCCAAUAGAUAUGACCCGCUCGAUUUAAUUCCGCUCUGGUUCCCACCCACUGCCGAGCUGUUUUUUGUCAUCGCCACCCCAGAAUUCAAUGCACCCCCGCAGGUUCCGCCUUUUGAGAAGUUUGAGUUGAACAACUGUCGAUGGAAUUGCAGACAUGCAGUCAUGUUGAUGGAUUCGGUGUUUGAAGGGGAUGGGGGAAUGCUCGGAUCAUCGACACUACCGUCGAAUAAGAUCUUAGAGCAGUGUUGGGCAUUCUUGAUCCCAGGGUUGGCUGGUGUGAAGAGAGCAGCUUUGGAGGCCGGGGCAUUUGGAUGCACCACCAUCAAUAGUGUGGGACCCAAUGUCAUCGCGGUGAUAGAUGAUGAGGACAAGGGGAACGAGAUUGGUGCGAGGAUGGUCGAGGCCUUUUUGGUGGAAGGGAAAUUGAAAGCAUCAUCAACCGUUCGGAAGAUUGAUCGAGUUGGUGCAAGGGUUAUUUCCUUCAACUGCUUGUAACGCUUGCACAAGAAAAAGGCCCACUUUCCCCUUUUAACCUAUCUUUAAUUUCUAAUCUUAGAUUUUUCUUAUUUAAUUAUUUUUUAAAUUGAAUUUUUAGUUAAAGUGCUUUCUUAUUGUAGAGAUUCUUAUUUAGAUGCUUUCUUGUUUAUAGAUUUUUUGCUAGCUAGGAAUGCUAUUUUUAUAUUCCAUAGAUUUUAUUAAAGAUUGGAAGCACUCAUUAUAAAUAAGGCUAAUGACUAUGGAAUAAGACACAAUUGAAUGAUAUUAUCAUUGAGCAAAUUCUCUUAUUUCUGUACAGUAGUCCUUGAAUGAUAUAAUCAGCUUGCUCACAGUCAAUGUAUUCUUUUCUUUUCUGUGAUUCAAACUUCAAUCCAGUACUUGAAUCUUAUAGUAGUUAGCUUAUUACUUGAUCUAGUUGCAUAGAUUGUGCCUACCGUGAUGUACGUGUCUUAUCCAUGCCGUCCAUCAGUUUUUACAGCUCAUUUUAGUGCAUGAACCCAAAAUUGAAGCAUAUCCAAAGCUCACGUGGACACCACACCACAGGAAACAAUGGGAAUUGAACGAGUACAGUUGAAAACUUCUUAGGGGCCACAGAAGUUUUGGAUCAAGCUGAUAUUUGUGUUUUCCCUACAUCCAAGGUUUUCUCUAUUAGUUUAAGCCUAGUUUUGCUAAAUAUUAUUUCUAAUGUG